AUGGUUGAAGAAACUGCGAAAUCAACUACCAAUCUCAGCGAAGAGGAACCCCAAAAAUCAUCAUCAUCAACGUCAAGAAUUACGAAUGUCAAAAAUACUGAAGGAGAAGAAUCGGAGGCGGAAGAAGGGGAGAUCGUUGGUGGCGGGUCAGACAUUGAUUCGGAGGCGAAGGACAUAGCACCGCCGCCUCCGGUAAAGCACCCAUUGGAGCACUCGUGGACAUUUUGGUUCGACAACCCGUCGGCUAAAAAUAAACAGGCGGAGUGGGGCAGUUCGAUCCGCCCGGUUUAUACCUUCUCCACUGUUGAAGACUUCUGGAGUGUUUACAAUAACAUUAAACAACCAAGCAAGUUGGCAGUUAAAGCUGACUUCCACUGUUUUAAGUAUAAAAUUGAGCCAAAAUGGGAAGAUCCUGUUUGUGCCAAUGGGGGAAAGUGGACUGUGACUUUUCCUAGGGGUAAAUCUGAUACAUGUUGGCUCCACACGCUGCUGGCAAUGAUUGGAGAACAAUUUGAUUAUGGAGAUGAAAUCUGUGGAGCAGUUGUGAAUGUCAGAUUAAGAGAGGAAAAAAUUGCUUUGUGGACCAAGAAUGCUGCCAAUAAAGCUGCUCAGGAAAGCAUUGGAAGACAAUGGAAGGAGUUUCUAGAUUAUAAUUACACAAUUGGGUUCAUAUUUCAUGAGGAUGCGAAGACGCUCGACAAAGCUGCUAAAAAUCAAUACACGGUGUAG